UCCAGCACCACUCUAAUCUAGACUCUGGUUUCCACAAUCUGCAGUCCUUAAAUUUACAUAGUCUUGAGCUUUGGAAUGUUGUGUGUUACACAUUGACUGGAAAGUGAUUUCUGCUCCCAGGUAGUGAAGGCUGUGGACCAUAAGUGAUACAAUUGAGUGUAAACUUCCAGUCACAUGCGAUAAAACGUCGCUUGCGCAGGAAGAUAGAGAACCUCGACCUAUAUAUAUGCGUGAGAGACGGCAACUCCUUACAAACCUCCCUCUUUCUCUCUACCUGUUAUUUUAAUUCCGUUUGCCUUCACUUUGAUUGGUCGGAGUGUGGAAUAAUUUGCACCAUCAUUGGGUGGCAGCUCCUCUCCUGGGAGGAGACAGAGAAUGUGAGUGUGAAGGAGAAGCGAAAGUUCUUUGUGUACCGGGUAUUGGUUUUGGACGAACCAGUUGCACUUUCGCGUGAGUGUGAGAAAAACAGAGACACACAGAGAGAGAGAGACACACACAAGGUGGAUUACACCUGGCCCCAUGUUCGACAGGAUUUCCCUUUCCCGACAGAAGUGCGCCGCUCGCUUCUCCUCUCGCCCCAGAAAAGAAAAUGACAAACCGGUUUGACAUCACGGUGUGUUUGUGUUUGAAGAGCCAACCGCAGGCAGGCCGGAAAUCUGAGCACUGCACUGCCGGUCAGAGAGGAAAAAAAAACGCUGCUUUUUUUUUCUUGUUAAAACAGACCGACGCUGGAACUGAGCAGGGGAACUGAGAUCGUUUGUUGAGGUCUUUCGCCCCUCAUCGGGGACACAUAGAGACAGGGGCAGUCUUGCUGUCUGUCAGACAGUUGGGGAACCCCUCUACCCCCAUCUCAAGAUAAAAGACAUUGAAGUGACUGCCCAAGUAGGUGGAAAAAGGAGAGGGGGCGGGGGUGCAGAAGGUAUUUUUGAUCAGGGUCAGCAUGAGCUGGUGCUGUACCAACAGGACGAGGUUUGCAAAGUGAAGGGUUGCUAAUAUCGAGGUUGUUGAGAAUCAGUUUUAGUUUUGCAAAUCACCGGGAGUCCAUUUCUCCUUGUUUUUCUUUAUAUAUUGGCGAAGAUGGCGAAAAAUUCGCCGGACGGCUCCAGGGAGGACCUGAGUAAGAUCCCGGACGAGGAGUUGGUGAAAUGGGGGAAGACGGAGCUGGUGAGGAGGCUGAGGAAGAGCGAGCUGGAGAGGAUGAGCCUGAUGCUAGAGCACGGCAACUUGAUCAAGGACGUGAACAGGCGGCUGCAGCUCCACCUGCACGAAAUCCGCGGCCUGAAGGACAUCAACCAGCGGCUGCAGGACGACAACCACGAGCUGCGGGAGCUCUGCUGCUUCCUGGACGACGACCGGCAGAAGGGCAAGAGGCUGGCCCGCGAGUGGCAGCGCUUCGGCCGCUUCGCCGCCGCCGCCGUCUGGAAGGAGGUGAGCGCCUCGCAGCACAAGCUGCGGGAGCUGGAGGCCAAGCAGGAGGCGCUGCUCCAGGACAACCGCGAGCUCAAGGAGAUCGCCCUCAUGCUGGACGACGAGCGGCACGGCGCCGGCAGCCGCAGCUCCAUCGACAGCCAGAGCAGCCUCACUCAGCUGAACGGCGGCUCGGCCACCCGGGACGUGGGCGACGGCAGCAGCACCUCGAGCACCGGCAGUGCCGGCAGCCCGGACCAUCACCAUCAGCAGCAGCAGCAGCAGCAGCACAAGGCUGCGGACAAAGGGCCCCCUCCCAUCGCCAGGUCCACCGAUGACCUCUCAGCAGCCCCUCAUCACAGGAGCAUCCCCAACGGACUGAACGAUCCAGCUUCAGCCUACAUCAGGCAGCUCGAGAGUAAAGUCAAGUUACUGGAAGAAGACAACAAGAUUUUAGCACAGCAGUCAAGCACCAGUGAUCUGAAAGUAGGCCGUAAGCCUUACCCAAUGCAAAACAAGUCAGACUCGCAGCAUUCGUCACCACUGCCACCAUCAUUUCAGGAACCUACACAAAACGGUCCUCCGUGGCUGAUGACUGGGGACCCCAAUGUUCCCGUGGUACCACCUGGAUUCAGCCCCACUGCCCAAAAGCCAGAAGCUGUAGUGCAUGCAAUGAAGGUCCUGGAAGUUCAUGACAACCUGGAUAGACAGUUGCCAGAAGACUGCGAACAUGAUGACUUGAGUGAGAAGGAGAAGGCCAUUGUUCGGGAGAUGUGUAAUGUGGUCUGGCGGAAGCUUGGAGAUGCAGCUGGUUCGAAUCCUUCCAUCAGGCAACACCUCUCGGGUAAUCAGUUCAAGGGACCGUUGUAGUGCUAUUGCCUGCAGCACCUGGACUUUGCAGACUUGCAACAAGGAUAGAGAGAGAGAGGGAGAGACGUCCUCAUUGCACCAAGACAUAAGUGGAAAGAAUAGAACUUCUGAGAAGUGUAAGCCUGGCCAUUUGCUCAACAUGGCCCUACCUACCAUGUACAUGUGAAGAAGGAUGCUGACGUGUGCCUAUAGUGAUGGAGAGUUCACUAUGUACUGACCACAAAGCAAAUGUAAAUUACUUCUUAUGUACAGCUGACUGUAAUUGCCAGUCUGGUGAGCUGUGCUACACAGUAUGCUACAGUUACAUGAGCCUGUGUAGAGAGAUUAAUUGAAGUACUUUGGUCACUGAAUAAUGUCAGAUAACUUUACCUCCACCCCCACCUCUGUGACUGUCCUAUCCAUAUCAGAUUGAUAUGACGCUAUUAUUAGCAAACUCAAACAUUUUUAAUGUAGUUUCCUUAAUAUGGGGUGGACAAUAUUUCUGGGAGAAAAUAAACAAAUCCUCGUACUAGCAAUGUGAAAGGGGUCAUAUUUCCAUGUGCAGGAAUACCUGGUUCUCAGUACAUAUGCGUGCCACUUUCACUGAAUGAGUCUGUAACCAGCUUUCUGUCAUUGACCAGUGCAGUCUGAAGCCAACAGAACAGAAUAUCCGGAAGUAUUCAAAUGAUGGAAUUUUCAAUGUUUAAAGAGUGUAGCCUAUUAAGGAGAAACCAUUUUCUUAAAGGGACAGUAUUCUUUUCAAUGACUAGGAUUUCUCUCGUCAGCUUUUGCUCUGUAUUGAAAACUUUGAGGAAAUUAUUUCUUUCAGCCUCCACUGUAAAUUGUAGUUGCAGUUUAGCACCAUGAUUGUUUCCUAUGCCUCUAUUAUGAUGCACAUUGUCACAAAUUGUGUACUGUUCGGAGCAUAAAAUACACCUGAAACUUAUGCAGUAACAUUCAUCCAUCACUAGCAAUUUUGAAGUAAAUGUGUGUAGCACAAUAUUUUGCUCUGUAAAAUAAGUUUUAUCAUCCAAAAUCACUCAUGCUGUUUCACUGAAAUGUUUGCCCGAAAUUUUUGCUACUUUAUUUUUUGAAGCCCAGUUCAGUGAUCAGAUGGAAAUUGUUUCUUUCCACAGAAGGUGACUUGGGAUUAAAAUGGUAACAGAGGGCAAAUUACUCAAUGUCACGUAGUAUUAUUGCAAGCUGUGGGCUCGGGAAUGACACAGUACCGAUUACUCUGUGUCCAACUGACUCACCUAAGAGGUGUAUGAGUUCAGCACUGGUUUUUAACUGAACCUCAAUUGUGUGAUGCAGGUAUUCAGGAAUGCUAUUUCCAACUGAAUCAAGAAUGCACAUGAAAGAUAGCCUAUCAGCAAACUAAGAAAGUUCGAUUCCAUAACAUAAAUGAAGAUUUGUUAAACUUGUGAAUUUUUAGACAUUAAACAUUGCUUAAGAGAAGACAUAAAGUUGAAAUAUUUUGUCUUGCACUCAUCAGAACUAGAAUGCGAGAAACAGACUUGUAAAAAGCAACAUUAAUUUAUACAGCAUGAAACGUGGAUUGUUUGAGCCACAGUUGGCAUUCAAAUCUGACAUGGGCUGUUCACUGUUAAUCUUAAUUCUCAGACUUGGCAUGCACUCUAUCUCAUAAUGUAUAAAAAGAUGCCCCUUUCUCAAAUCUGUUUCUUACAUUGCUGAAUAAAAAAUGACUAAUCUACAAGUUACUGAACCACUUUCAACCUAAACCCUCUGCAAACAAUUGCUUUAAUUUGUUUUAAUGCAGACUAUUAAUGUCAGUCUUCAAUGCAGGCAAAAGACAACAGAUUGAACUUGUUUCUGCCUGCACCUGAUUUGACUUUAUCGUCACUUGACUGCCAUUCCCAAGUGAUGUUCAGUUGGGAUUGUGUUUAUUUUACUAGUUUGAACUUGCUUCCCUGUUAACUGAUACAUCUCCAGUGUAAUCUGAUUCUGGCACUUCUGAGAUGAGAAUCUAAAACAAAUUGUCAGAAAUUAAGCAUUAGUUAUGCAGGCAAGGUUUGCUGGAUUUUAUCUUGAGUUUUUCAUAAAUAGCUACUCCCCACUAGCAAAACAGCAGUUGGAAUCUGAAGUUUGUGUAGUGCUGUUCACAUAAUGCUCAAAUUGGAUCUUUACUGGAAGGAGGAAUAUGGUUGACCUUCAGUGUUUUGAGUGUAAUUGUACCAUCUGGUGUGACACUUGACCAUAUAAAACAAGUCUGUAGG